AUGGCUGCUCCGCAUCAACAUGUGACAUCCUUGAAGUUGGCUCAAGCAGCCAUUUUCAAUGGUAAAGGCUUUGAGGACGCAGCUGGCUAUGCUCGCUAUCUUCAGCAGUUUCAAGAUCGUCCUUUACAUCCCUCCAUCACUCUUGAUCCAUCAAAAUUCAACAGGUAUGGGAUGGAUAUCCCCCGCCUGAUCCAUACCAUAGGCUGGGGUGACAUACUACCUAAUCGAAACUAUGGGUUUCGACCUGAGGCUGUGCGCAUUUUCUAUGCGAAUAUGAAGCCCUGUCUUCACAUCUCCCCUCCAUGUUUCACUACAAUAGUGUACAACUAUCUGAUCACUCUCAAUGUGGAGUUGUUGUCCCUACUACUGGGAAUACCUAUUUCUGGAGCUGAAGUCAUGAAUGAGCUGGAUUUCCCCUCUGUGGAGUUCAACGAAGGCGAUGCCCUGCGACUGUAUACUCGUGAUAUAGGUUCAAAAGCCGCUCGAGUGGACAUGCUGAGUUCUCUUCGUGCUCAGUUUAUUCUGCGUAAAGUAGAUGCUUCUGUUGGCCGUCAAGGUCCUGUGGUCAAUGCUCCAGGGGGAGACACAGCUGCCCAUGAAUUUCCUGAGGAUGGUCUCAGUCUUGCUGAGCUAGAUGGGGAUGAAGCUGUAAGAGAACCAGAACUACCUAUAAGAGAUAAUGGCAAGCGACCUAUGGUGGAUCCUCUAGAGGAAGUUCAGGCUAUGUUCAGACAGGAAGAGACAAGCAGCAGCAGGAACCUGCUAAUGGAGGACGAAGAUGAUAUUUCUGAUUAUGUGCCGUCACCCAAAUUUGCCUACUAG